AAAUGGCCGUCUCCCCCGUCUCGCGCGCCCGCGUGUUGGACCUCAUGAAGGUCCAAUGCAAGGUCUUCUCCACGACUUUCAACCCAGAACGCAUCCGUCUCGGUAGCCGUAUCCUCCACCAGCGCCUCAAGGGUCCCUCGGUCGCGUCUUAUUACCCCCCGCGGAUAGGUACAAUCCCGCAUCUGAGGAAGCUAUACCCCAACUUCUCCGUUAUGGACGAGCAGGAGGAAGAUUGGUUAGAGCAUUUGGGCGUUGCCAAGUCGAGGGGCAAGUCGCCGCCGAAGAAGAAGAGGACUGCUGCUGAAUCGAAGAAGUUCAGCAAGAAGCGUUAGGCGCGUGGGAUGUCGGUGUAGGAUUGCACGAGCUGGAAAACAAGGAAGAAACAUUGUACAUUGGAUGUAUCACAAAGCAUCAGGGAUGGCGUUUGGGCUCACAGCACGUGUUGGUGUGUACGUUAUGGCUAAGAUAUCAAUUGAGAAUACCAAGUCAAGCAUUCAAAU